AUGUGGUUGGUCAUUCUUGUGAUAUAUUCAGCUUGGAUUUGUCCUUUUGAGUUUGCCUUCAUCACCUACAAGAAGAAAGAUGCUCUUUUCAUCAUAGACAACAUUGUCAAUGGCUUCUUCGCCAUUGAUAUCAUUCUCACCUUCUUCGUUGCUUAUCUUGACAGCCAUUCUUAUCUUCUAGUCGACAGCCCUAAAAAAAUAGCUAUAAGGUACCUCUCUACUUGGUUCGCCUUUGAUGUCUGCUCCACAGCUCCGUUUCAGUCACUGAGUCUUCUUUUAAACUACAAUGGAAGUGAAAUAGCAUUCAGAUUUCUUAGUAUGCUCAGGCUCUGGCGUCUCCGACGAGUUAGCUCGCUUUUUGCAAGGCUUGAGAAAGAUAUCCGCUUCAACUAUUUCUGGACACGUUGCACGAAACUCAUUUCGGUCACACUGUUUGCAGUACAUUGUGCUGGAUGCUUCAACUACCUCAUCGCAGAUCGAUAUCCAGAUCCAAGCAAAACAUGGAUCGGAGCAGUGUACCCAAACUUCAAGGAGGCAAGUCUAUGGAGUAGAUAUGUGACUGCUAUUUACUGGUCAAUCACGACGUUAUCAACAACAGGAUACGGAGACUUACAUGCUGAGAAUCCAAGAGAAAUGUUGUUCGAUGUCUUUUACAUGCUCUUCAACCUUGGUUUCACAUCUUACCUCAUUGGAAACAUGACCAACCUUGUUGUUCACUGGACUAGCCGCACAAGAACUUUUAGAGAUACAGUGAGAGCUGCUUCAGAGUUUGCAUCAAGAAACCAACUACCACCAAACAUACAAGACCAAAUGUUGUCACACAUUUGCUUAAAGUUCAAAACAGAAGGCCUGAAACAACAGGAGACCUUGAAUGGUUUGCCUAAAGCGAUACGGUCAAGCAUCGCAAACUAUCUCUUCUUCCCGAUUGUUCAGAAUGUUUACCUCUUUCAAGGAGUUUCUCGCAACUUCCUCUUUCAGUUGGUUUCAGAUAUAGAUGCCGAGUAUUUCCCACCUAGAGAAGAUGUGAUUUUACAGAACGAAGCUCCCACAGAUCUUUACAUUCUUGUCUCAGG